CCUGAAUUCGGAGGGGCCCGUUUAGUUAAGAGCAAGUGGGCCUCAGUAUCCCCGUCUGUGAGAUGGGGCUGCCCUGCCCAAGCACCGUCUCCUCCCUCAGCCGGUGCUGGCCCAAAAGAGGGCGGCAACCCCCUUGGGGGCGAGGAGCGGCGGCUCUGGCGCAGGUCUUCCGGCCGCCCCGGGAGGGAGGAAACGGACGGGCGGCAGGGGGCGGGUUUUCGGCGGGGCCUACCCUGAGGCGGGCGCGUCGCGGAGGCCUGCGCGGCCAUGGCGCUCCCGCUCGCAGUUCUGCGCGUCCUGUUGGGCGGCUUCUUCGCGCUCACGGGGGCGGCCAAACUCUCGGAGCAGAUCUCGGCUCCGGUGUCAGAGCAGAUGAAAGCCCUGUUCGUGCAGUUCGCUGAGGUGUUUCCGCUGAAGGUGUUCGGCUACCAGCCAGAUCCCAUGAGCUACCAAGUGGCUGUGGGCUGGCUGGAACUGCUAGCUGGGUUGCUGCUGGUCCUGGGCCCACCGAUGCUUCAAGAGAUCAGCAACUUGCUUUUGACACUGCUCAUGAUGGGGGCUAUCUUCACUUUGGUGUCUCUGAAAGAAUCACUGAACACCUGCAUCCCAGCCAUCGUCUGCCUGGGGCUCCUGCUGCUGCUGGAUAUCUGCUAGCUCUUAGUCCAAACUAAAAAGAUGUUCAGACACCCUAGGAGGAAGUCUCCAAGUGCAUUCAAGGAAUCCUGGGAGUAGAGUCUGUCUUGCCUCCUCAUGCCAUGUCACUGCCAAAGCAGGAACAUGGUGGAACACAGAGUGUCACCUUGUUACCAGUACACCCAAGGUUGGCCAGCGUUGAAGUAGACAUCUGGUCUACCUGGCUCUGCUUUGUCUCUUGGACAUUUACUGCUCUUUUUUGAGGGGUACACGUUACAUAUUCUAGCAUUCCUCAUGUCAUGUGAAAAUAGAAAAUAAAUUUAAAUCACCCAAACUUUUAAUGCCCCCAAAUAACUACUUUCAAUUCCUUUGUAUAACUGUACCUCCCAGUUUUUUUCUGUGGCUUUAUACAGAUUUUUUUAAAUGAAAAUGAGACCAUAUAUACUACUUUAUUAUCUGCUUUUUAAACCUAAUACACUGUAAUACCA